GCUAACUCUGUUGGAUCGCUUGAUCCACUUCACAGAGUCGAUCAUCAAUGGCCACAACAAUCCGCAAUUGCAGACAAAUCUUGCACUCGUCAAGCUCUGGCAGGGCUCCCCCCCCCUAUUCCCGCAAACAAAUAAAAUCAUUGAACCUGGUCAAUGGGUGAUUCAUAGUCGUGCAACCAUCCAAUUCGCUAUAGCGAUUAAAAACCAAAACAAAAAAUGACGCUACAAUGCCGAGUCUGCGGGGGCGUCAUCUACAAUACAAAGGCUAAGAACCUGUUCCAGAAGGAAAACUUUAAGCUGCUGCUGAACGUCGAGUUGGUGGUCGGGACUUUGCUCGUUAAUGAUCCAGAGCUGCCGAGAUGCAUCUGUGCUUGUUGCUUGCACGACUUGAACCAGGCAAUCGUGUUCCGAAAUCUCUGCAUCCAGACUCAGCAGAAACUGUUGGAGAAACGGCGCAGCAGGACUCCUUUAGAGUUUGCGAGUGACUAUGAUGUGGACAGAGAAAUGAAGCGGGAGAUUCAAAUGGAUACUGAGCUGGCGGUCAUGUCGGCUGGUAAUAUGAACGAUUCCAAUGAAAAUGUGGAAGAGCUGUUGGACCCAGAAGAGGACGACGACGAUCCACUAAGCGAAAACCAUGGUGAAUCGGAGGAUAUUGCACAAGAUCUGUCCGGCUCAAGCAACGGUGGAUCUUCUCCCUCUCCUCGACCGAAGAAGGUUGCAACUGCCACAACGCCAGCUGGCACAGCCAAAAGUACACGCAGAAGAUACGUGACUUGGAAUAACUUGACAGAGGAGGAGAUAGUCGAAAGGAAGCGGCAACAGCGUCGCCGGGAUUGUGUCUGCGAGCAGUGCGGCAGGCACUUUACCGAUCAGAGCAACUUCAAAUUGCACAUGCUGAGGCAUACGGGCAUCAAGAAUUUUGCCUGCCCGGACUGUGGCAAAAAGUUCUACACAGAACAUUUGCUGUCGCUUCACUUAAGGAUUGAGCACAGAGGCGAGAAGCCCUAUGCCUGUAAAUACUGCAACAAGACAUUUAAAAAUAGCACACCCCGCACCAUUCACGAGCGAAUUCACACAAAAGUACGACCGUAUCCCUGUUACUAUUGCAGUAAAAGUUUCAGCGCGCCGCAAAUUCGCAAGGAGCAUGAAUUAAAGCACAAUGGCGUGAGGGCAUUUUUCUGCGAAACCUGCGAUCUAACUUUCAAGCGAAAAACACACUUAACGGUUCAUCUUAAAUCCAAGGCGCAUGUCAUGAGAGCAAAAAAUAAAGAUUUUCCUAGUACGGAGAAAGUUUAAGCAAUUAUAAGAUAAAAGUCAUUCCAUAUUUCG